AUGUUUCUAUUUUUCACCCACAGUGCGUGGAUAUUGACGAAUGUGCAAACCGGACUAGCACGAUGUGGACCAGGAGCUAUUUGCUCGAAUUUAGAAGGCAGUUACAAUGCGAUUGUCCAGCCGGCUUUGAAGGUGAUGCACGCGGCGCAGGCUGUUACGAUUCCGAUGAAUGCGCGCGAAUCGCCUUGUGGCCGUGAUGCACUUUGUCAUAAUAUGGCUGGAAGCUUUAAAUGCGUGUGCCCCCCUGGGUAUAAUGGUGAUCCUAUGACCGGAUGCACAGAUAUUAAUGAAUGCCAACACAACCCAUGCGGUCCAAAUGCUUUAUGUACCGAUGCACCCGGAUCCUACAUUUGCACUUGCUUGCCAGAUUACACUGGCGACCCGCGCACCGGCUGUGUUGACAUCGACGAAUGCGCUCUGCUCGAAAGGGUACGCUGCCAGUCCUGA